GUGGGGGGGACAGAGCCGAGAACCAAAAGUCGGCGGUUGGACAGGAGGAGAAAAUAACCAUGUCUAAUCCGUGAAAGGUGCACAUCCUGCGUGUCCACGCCGUGCAUCACUCUCCGCGCGGGCGCAGAGGCCAACCGAGGGUGACACCUCGUUGGUCGGUGUGACCCCCGCAGGCCCGCCCCCUCACAAGGCGGGUCCUGAUUGGCCGCACCGGCACUGGUGGGGGAAAAUGGCCGCCACCCUCCAUUGAAGAUUGAAACUGGGCGUUCCCCCCUCCCCCAACAUCACUGUUCAUGGCUGAGUUCCGAACCGUGACCCCGCCCCUUCCUGCUGCGCUGUAGAGUACUAUGGCAAUGCAUGAUAUGAGUCGUGCCAAGGGUUUCCCCUGUAAAGAAUGUGAUAUGGUCUGUCCCAGUACUCCAAGUCUAUUAGAGCAUAUGAAAGCACACUAUCAGCAGGAAGAAAACGGACGAUUCGAGUGCGAACAGUGCGGUCGUAUCUACAAGCACGCAGCCAGCCUAGCCAAUCACAAGAAGUCUCACGAGGUAGGAUCCUUCCAGUGUCCGGUUUGUACGCGCACGCUACCCAACGCGGUAGCUUUAAAGAACCAUCUUCGGAUCCAUACUUUGUCCCCCAGUAGUGCGCACGCCGAGGAGGAGAACGAAGAGGCGCCCGAGGAGGCGGCCCACGACGAGAGGAGUUACAGCCUGGCCCAGGACCUCUCGGACGGGUUCAGUCGCUCUCAUCUGAACAAUAGUGGUAUGGGCCAUAGCGUCCUGCCAGGCCACGAGACAGACGAGCACGGGAAGAAAGGCUCCCCUGAAUCUGACGACGCCUGGGACAGGCCCUUCAAGUGCGACCAGUGUGACCGCACCUACCGGCAUCACGGCAGUCUGGUGAACCACAAGAAGUGUCACCAGCAAGGAACGUUCAAGUGUUCUGUGUGUUUCAAACAGUUCAGCAACCUGGCUGCGCUCAACAGCCACGAGAGGUCUCACUCCAAGUUCAAGGCGCCGGGGGCAUCCAUGGUGAGCGGCGCCGGCGGCCUCCACAGCUCAGAACGCAGCGCCGGCUCUCAGUCGUCUCAGAGCAACGACUCCGCCUCCUGUUUCUGCCACCUGUGCCAGGUAGCGCUGCCCAACAAGGCGGACUUUCAGGAGCACAUCCUGCUGCACAACACCACCUCGCCCUCACUCGGACUGACACGCGGCUUCCCCGGCCUCAUGGCCCACAACCUGAGCACCGUGCGUUCCCCGGCGUACACCCCUGCUCUUGGGGACCCUCUCCCUCUGCCACCCCUGCCCGCUGAGAAAAGAGGCCCCUAUGACCCCAUAAUGGGUCCCCCGGUCAACAAUCCCAUCUACACAUGUGCGUACUGUGGGGCAGGACACCCAGACCUGGAGACUCUGAAAGUCCACUACCUGACCCACGACCCGCACCCGCCCUCCCACAGUCAGGACAGCUCCAUCCUCAACUCAGACACUCUCAGUUCUGGGUCGCAGGGCUCGGUGGCGUCCCCCUCCGGCAGCCGUGUGCCUCAGCCCAGCUCUCCGGACGACGAGGAGCGCCGCUUCAAAUGUGGCGAGUGCGGCAAAAGUUACCGGCAUGCAGGAAGCCUGGUGAACCACAAGCGCUGCCAUCAGACGGGCCACUACCAGUGCACCAUCUGCUGUAAGCAGUACCCCCACCUGGCGGCACUGCACAGCCACCUGCGGAGCCACAAGGGCCGUCCCUCCAACCAGCCAAUCGGCAACGAAAGCGGCGACUGGCUGUCCCCGGAGCCGCUCACGCUGGACUCCCAGCAGAGCUAUGUCCAGGAGGGCAGCAGCGCCACCACUCCCAUCUCGCUGCCAGGGAACCUGGGCGACGCUGCUCACUUCGUGCCCGAUGGCGGCCACAGCAGCGCUUUGGACUCGCUGGAGUUCCACGACCGCUUUGACGGCAACUCGCUGUCCCAGAGCAGCUCCGCCCACCGUCAGGCUGACAGACACGUGUGCGCCGACUGCGGGGAAAUGUACGGAGACGUCUCAGGCAUCAAGUCCCACAUGUGUCCUCGCCGCAGCCAGCAGCAGCAGCAGCAGCAGGGCAACAUGUCCAACGGCUUCAUGGGGAACAUGAACUACCACGGCUCCGGUGGGACCUCACUGGCCUCUGGGAGCUCCAGCAGCAUGAAGGAAAGUAGCAACCAGAGACCCUACUCCCAGAGCGCAGCCAAGAGGAUGGGAAGUAACAACAAGGAUGACGACGACGAUGGCGAGGUGUAUCAGUGCUCCGUUUGUGGCAAUCAUUACGCCAGCCUCAGAGCCCUCAGGAGCCACCUGCGCAGCCACGCCAACAACCCCACCGGACCAGGACCAUCCACCCUGGAGCAGGACUGGAGGAUGAUCUGCUCCACCUGUGGCCAGAGCUUCUCCAGGAAACAGGAYCUCCUGAACCACCAGUUGAUCCACGGUCCCCAGAGGUCGGACAGCCAGCAGCCAGGCAUCGCUGGCGGCUCCGCCAACGGCAAGCUAGACGGACGCAGCCACAUCUGUGUCGACUGUGGCAUGUUUUUUGUCGACCAUCACCACCUGAUCACCCACCUAUGUCCUGGAAAGAAUCGGGCCGGCUCCAUCAACAAAGGAGGCCUGAACGGAGGCAAAGGGAUGACCGGAGGCGAUGGGGUUGCCGGGGGAAGCGGCAGUGUGGGAGGCGAUGGACGCAGGUCGAUGGUUGACCAGAGUGACAAACCUCACAAGUGUGACCAGUGUGGACGAGGGUACAGACACCCCUGCUCACUCCUCAACCACAAGAAGUCCCAUAAAACCGGCGUGUUCCGCUGCCUGGUGUGCCAGAAGCGCUACUACAACCUGCUGGCUCUCAAGAACCACCAAAGGACCCACUUUGACUUGAAAAGGCACAAAUGUGAGGAAUGUGGCAAAGCCUUCAAAAUCCAAAAGCAGCUCAUCAACCACCUCCGUCUCCACGAGGAGCACCGAGCCAAAGGUCUGGUCCGGACCGGGCCCAACAGUUCCCGCUUCCAGCAGCCCGGCCCGUCUCAGACGAUGCAGACGAUGAGAGCGGAUGCUGCGAAGGGCCCCGUGAUGGGGGUCAAGUACAGCCACCAGGGCUUUAAGAAGCCCUACUCCUCCGCCGGAACCUCCAGGCCCCAGAAGUUCGACCCUGCUGAAAGUGGGAGGCGGCCUUUCGCCUGCGAGGAAUGUGGGAAGACGUACCGACACGCCGGCAGCCUGGCCAACCACAAGAACCUCCACAAGAUCGGGGAGUACCACUGCAACGUCUGCAACUCCACGUACCCCAACCGGCUGGCCAUGAAGAACCACCUCCGCCUCCACUUCGCCCAGAAGAAGCACAACUGCCAGGAGUGCGGCAAAGGCUUCCGCACGCAGCGGCAGCUCGCCACCCACACUACGGCCGGCCUGUGCAAAGGGCCGCAGGGCCCCGGGGCCCAGAUGGACUUCGAGUGCGAUGGCUGCUGCGAAGGCUUCGCCACGGCCGACGAGCUUUCAGCUCACGACUGCCCGGCCCAGCACCUGCCUUCUUCAUCCUCCACCACCACUGCCGCCUCCACCACCAUCAACAUGGAGCGGACCCCCGUGGACCUGGACUCGGAUGAGCGGCCGUACGCCUGCGACCUGUGCAGCUGCACCUACAAGCACGCCAGCUCCCUGCUCAACCACAAGCACACCCACAAGACGGGCAACUUCCGCUGCAACUUCUGCGACAAGCCCUACACCAACUACAUGGCUCUGCGCAACCACAUGCGCAUCCACACGCAGCGCAAGAAGCACAUCUGCCACACAUGUGGGAAGGCCUUCCGCCUGGCCCGGUUCCUCAGGAACCACCAGAAGGUGCACGAAGAGGGCGCCACCCCAUUCGGCUGCCCCAGCUGCGGGAAGAGCUUCCAGGGGAGGUCCGGCCUGGCCCGGCACCGCUGCGGGGACAACCAGGUAGGCAUGGAGGUCAGGAGGAAGAGCGCCGCACCCGCGGGGGAGGAAGAGUGUCGGUACACGUGUGAUCAGUGCGGCCGCUCCUACCGCCACGCCAGCUCCCUGCUCAACCACAAGAACACCCACACCGUCGGUAUCUACCACUGCGCCGUGUGCCUCAAGACCUACAACAACCUGCUCGCCCUGAAGAACCACCGCCGCAUCCACUCGGAGACGCGCCGCCACCGCUGCCACGACUGCGGGAAGGCCUUCCGGGUCUCCUCCCAGCUCUACAACCACCGGCGCGUCCACCAGAAGCAACGGGAGCUGACCUGCCGCUCCUGCCAGAGGGCGUUCCCCACGCAGGCCAGCUUCAGGCUCCACAUGGAGAUCACCCACGGCCAGGCGCCCCAACCCCGCCAGCCCAGACCCCAGCAGCCCCGAGCAGGGGGCUCCCAGGACCUGGGCUGGGGGUCGGGCCUGGACCUCACCCUCAUGCAGGAGCAAGGACUCGACCCUCGCAGCCUGGCCAAAGCUCGCGGCCGAGAGGGGAGCGCCGCCGCCGCCAAACCCCACGUCUGCAGCCAGUGUGGGCGGUCCUACCGCCACGCCAGCUCCCUCCUCAACCACAAGAACAGCCACAAGACCGGGACCUUCUUCUGCUCCUCCUGCCAGAAGGAGUUCCCCAACCUCAUGUCCCUGAAGAACCACCGGCGCAUUCACACCGAGCCCAAACGCUACCAGUGCCCCGACUGUGGCAAGUCCUUCCGGGUUUCCACUCAGCUGAUCUGCCACCGGAGGAUCCACACCAAGGAGAAACCCUUCUCCUGUCAGCACUGCGACAAGCGCUUCUCCUCCAAGUCCAACCUGCGGCACCACAUGAAGGUGCACUGGAGCAGCACCGCGCCUCGCCCGCCACACCUGUCGGCUCCCAACUACCUGGGCAUGCCCGGCGGGGCCUUCUUAUAGGCUGAGGGGAGUCACGUGUCUGUGGAGGUGCCAAAUCACAGCUAACCUUCCUCCUCCUCUUCCUCAGCGUGUGUGUGUGUGGACAGAUAAACACACACACAGACUGGCUGCAGCCGCYGCCCCCUCCUCGCUGCAUGCUGCCCCUCCCCCCACACGGCUGUGGCCACUCAGACCGACCCGCCCGGACUGAUCGGGUCGGUUCCACCGAGGCCUUCGUCAGUGUUUUUAUUAGUGUGAAGACUGGAGGCAGCAAAGACUCAUGGGAACUGUGUGUGUGUGUGUGUGUGUGUGUGU